AUGUCUUCUAAGCCAGACCAGAAGUCGGACUCGGACGAGCAUGGCCAGAUCUACUCGAUCUCCGGUCCUGUCAUCAUCGCCGAGAACAUGAUCGGAUGUGCCAUGUACGAGCUUGUCCGUGUCGGUCAUGAAAACCUCGUUGGUGAAGUCAUCCGAAUCGAAAACGACAAGGCCACCAUCCAGGUCUACGAAGAGACUGCCGGUGUAACCGUUGGAGACCCCGUUUUCAGGACUGGACAGCCAUUGUCCGUCGAGCUCGGCCCGGGUCUCAUGGAAACCAUCUAUGACGGUAUCCAGCGCCCCCUCAAGGGUAUCGCCGAAGACGCGAACAGCAUUUACAUUCCUCGUGGUAUCAACUUGCCCGCGCUCGACCGUAAGAAGAAGUGGGAUUUCACACCAGGCACGCUCAAGGUUGGCGACCACAUCACUGGUGGUGAUGUCUUUGGUACCGUCUUCGAGAACAGUCUGCUCAGCGAGCACAAGAUCUUGCUGCCUCCUCGCGCAAAGGGUACCAUUACUCGCAUCGCUGAGAAGGGCAGCUACACUGUCGAUGAAAAGAUCCUAGAGCUCGACUUCAACGGCACCAAGACCGAGUACAGCAUGAUGCACAGGUGGCCCGUCCGAGUGCCCCGUCCCUCCACCGAGAAGAUGUCCUCCGACCAGCCGCUCAUUGUCGGCCAGCGUGUCCUCGACUCCCUCUUCCCCAGUGUACAGGGUGGUACCGUGUGUAUUCCCGGCGCUUUCGGAUGCGGCAAGACUGUCAUUUCGCAAUCGCUCUCCAAGUUCUCCAACAGUGACAUUAUCGUUUACGUUGGCUGCGGCGAACGAGGAAAUGAGAUGGCUGAAGUCUUGAUGGACUUCCCAGAGCUCACCAUCGACGUCAAUGGCAAACAGGAGCCUAUCAUGAAGCGCACUACCCUCAUUGCCAACACCUCCAACAUGCCCGUCGCUGCUCGAGAGGCUUCAAUUUACACUGGAAUUACGGUGGGAGAAUAUUUCCGCGACCAGGGUAAGGACGUGGCGAUGAUGGCAGAUUCAUCGUCCCGCUGGGCGGAGGCGCUCCGUGAGAUUUCCGGACGUCUGGGAGAGAUGCCUGCGGAUCAAGGUUUCCCCGCUUACCUGGGUGCCAAGCUUGCGUCCUUUUACGAGCGCGCUGGUCGUGUACAGGCUCUGGGUAGCCCGGAACGAUUCGGAAGUGUGUCUAUUGUCGGUGCCGUCAGUCCUCCGGGUGGUGACUUUUCGGACCCUGUCACGACGAGUACGCUCAACAUUGUGCAAGUCUUCUGGGGUCUCGACAAGAAGCUCGCUCAGCGAAAGCAUUUCCCGUCGGUCAACACAUCGAUCAGUUACAGCAAGUACACGACGCCGCUCGACAAGUUCUACGCCAAGAACAACCCUGAGUUCCCGCGUCUGCGCGACCGCAUCAAGGAGCUUCUUACUACAUCGGACGAUCUCGACCAGGUCGUGCAACUUGUCGGUAAAUCUGCUCUAGGUGACAGCGACAAGAUUACGCUAGACGUUGCCACACUACUCAAGGAGGACUUCUUGCAACAAAACGGUUACUCGGACUACGACCAGUUCUGCCCGCUAUGGAAGACUGAGUGGAUGAUGAAGAACAUGAUGGCGUUCCACGACGAGGCCCAAAAGGCAGUCUCCCAGGGACACGCAUGGCCCAAGGUCCGCGAUGCAACAUCAGAAAUCCAGAGCGAGCUCCGUUCGAUGAAGUUUGAACUGCCUAGCGAUGGCGAGGAGAAGGUCACCAAGAAGUACGAGGCCCUUCUACAGAAGAUGACCGAGAAAUUUGCGUCUGUGACUGAUGAGUAAAUGCAUGUGACUAGAGGCGGAUUUUUACAUAGCAUGCCUGUUUGAUACAUGUACAUGAACUAGUAUGAAAAUUG